AUGCCUGGCGGCGCCCGCAACGCAUCGAGUUCCUCGCAGCAGCAGCAGUCACAGCAGCAGCGCUACACGCCGUCAAUGGCGCAGGUCAACGCCCACUACAGGAGGAAGAAUGCCACAGUAGCAUACUACACCCUCAGCAUUAUCCUCGGCACCGUCGCCUUCUCCUACGGCUCCGUGCCCCUCUACAAGAUGAUCUGCCAAACCACCGGCUGGGGCGGCCAGCCCGUGCGCGCCCACGGGCCCGACUCGACCUACGACGACGCGGACCUCGCGGCGCGCCUCGUGCCGCUGACGUCGUCGCCGCGCAUCCGCGUCACCUUCAACGCCUCCGUCUCGGACGUGCUCCCCUGGAAGUUCACGCCGCAGCAGCCGCGAGGUCGGCGUGCUCCUCCGCGAGACGGCCCUUCGCCUUUCUACCACGGCGACGAACAACUCGGACCGCGACAUCAUCGGCGUCCGCACGUACAGCGUCACGCCCGCCCAAGGUGGCGCCCUACUUAA